CGUCUUCAAAUUGCUAAGAGGCGCAGGGCAAGCUGUUCUUUGUUCAAUCUCUCUUAUUACUCUGAAUUUUCAUUCCAAUUCCAAUUUCCAAAUUUUUAUUUCGCAGUAAUAUUCUCAGAUUUGUUCUUCUGCUCAUUCAGUGGUUUUGCAGGAAUUAUGUCUUUUGGAAGGAAUUUGCAAGCACAAGGAUAUCAACAUGGUGGUUGUUGUCCCACCUUUGAUGGAAACAACAACCAUGGCAACCGGAAGCGAAGCAGGAUCAACUAUCAUCAUGGGAAUUAUGACAUUCGUAAUCACUACUGGGCAGAACAUGGUUUCUAUGCUAAUGUCCACAACUUUGAUUACGGUAACUAUGUUCAGCACGAUGUUGUGCCUUCAUCUUUGAAAAGGAGAAAACAUUCAACUCCUAGUUGGGAAAACAACCAGAAACACUAUCUUCCUUCCACUGUCCACAGCAAUAUUCCCACUACCUCUGUUAACUUUCAAGAACCUCCUUCAAGGUCCAACGUCGAUGCUUCGAUAUCACCUAUAUGCAAGCUUGAUUGUUCUAUAUUUGAAGAUAAAGAGCCGGUGUUUAUGUCAAGGGAUGAGAUUGAUAGAUGUUCUCCAUCAAGAAAAGAUGGUAUUGAUGUACUUCACGAGAGACACUUGCGCUACUCCUACUGUGCCUUCAUUCAAAAUCUUGGGAUGUGGCUUAACUUGCCUCAAACUACCAUCGGGACAGCCAUGGUUCUGUGCCACCGUUUUUUUGUUCGAAGAUCUCAUGCUUGCCAUGACAGAUUUUUAAUUUCUACUGCUGCCCUUUUUCUUGCUGGAAAGUCAGAGGAUACACCAUGCCCUUUGAAUAGUGUGUUGCGAGCAUCCAGUGAAAUCUUAUAUAAAAAAGAUUUUACUUUGCUGUGUUAUCUGCUUCCUCUUGAUUGGUUUGAAAAGUAUCAUGACCGGGUGCUUGAGGCUGAGCUAUUGCUGCUUACUACUCUAAAUUUUGAACUCAAUGUGCAGCAUCCAUAUGCACCUCUUACAUCUAUCCUUGACAAAUUAGGCCCAUCAAAGACCAUUUUGGUGAAUCUGGCAUUGAACUUGAUCAGCAAAGGCCCACAAUCAAAUUCAAGGGUCCUUUAUUUGAGCUGCAAGCAUCUCAAACUUGUCUACGUAUAUUCCCUGUUCCCUCCUGGAAAAAUCCCUUUGAUUUCAAGAACAGGUUCCCUGUAUGAUGAUUACCAUAUUAGUCAAAAGGAGCUCAUUUGAGCCUUUCGCUGUCCAAUUCUUGUUCUGCCUCAUUCAUCAGCUUGAACAAAGCCAUGCCAUUCCCUCAAUCUCUCCAUCCAUAUUUUUGCCAGUUGGAGUAACAGCUUUUGUGGUGUCUCUUGCUCAACAAAAUACAUUUCUGCACAGGAAGGUGGAAGUUCAACUUACCAAGAGACAACAGGUAUUUGGAGCGAUAAUUGAUGACACCUGAGCUGACUGAUGAGGAAUACAAAUUCUUCUGUUGGCACUGUAAUCCUUGUGAAAACUUGAAAUGUCAAGCCAGAGGACUUCCUAAUAUCCUCAAUGCUGGUCAGCAAGGAACCCAGCUUAGCUGAGUGAUCAUUGAGCUGUACCUCAUGUUCCUUCAGUAUCAAAUAAUGAUUAUGCACCAGUACUUCCUCCUGAUUGAGAGUGUAUUCAACAACAGUUCCCACAUGAGUGUCUAAAGUGUCAAUUCAUUGAGAAGCCAUACAAGUUUGCACACAAUAGAUUCUCCCUCACAGCUGCAUCUCAAUGAAAACACCAAAUUAUAGGAUCAGAUGGUAUCUAGCUGGGAGAAUAUAUUUUAUUGAUGAAAAGAAAAGUGAAAUUAGGGAAAAUAAGGAGCUCCAUGCUAUGGAGAAACUUCAUAUACAUAGCCCAAGUUGUAAGCCACAAAUACAGAUGACACGAUCCUGUGUGACUCCCCUUAUACAUCAAUUCUCUUCAGUAACAAACUACUCUCCAGGAAUGUUUUUUCUCUCCUUUUUAAGCCAUAAGCCUAAUAGACUUGCUGGAUUUUGGGUGCAGAUAACCCAUCAAAUACGUAUAAACCUCCAUUUCCUUCAGUCUGUUUUGGUUUGAAUGUGUAUGUAUUGUUUCAACCUGAUGUCCUCUUUAGACACCAUUUUUAUUGGUUUGACUUGGUUCGAAUAAUGUAAUACAUAGCAAUUGCCUGAAAAACAUAAUGCAUAUUUUCUUGAGGUCUAGAGAACUAGUAGCCUUGGUGUCUCUCUUCUAAUUUUUUGUCGAAGGUUAUGUUCAACCUCUUAAUAUUUUUCUUUAGAUCAACUGCUCUUUGCAAUUAAUCUUUCAUGGGGUAUUGAUU